GCAGCAAGAGGCCGACACAGGGAUUCAUUUCCCCGGGUGAUUGUACUGAGAAGCAUCAGCGGACUUCAGGAGUCAGCAUGUCAGCAAUUGUGAGCGCCGAGGAGAUGGAGGAGAUCGUGGAGGGCUUCCAGAAAGUGGAUGUGGAUGGUAAUGGUUACAUCACCGCCUGUGAACUCAGCAGUCUUUUCCGUGAGGUGGGUUUUACUAUGCCUGGUUUCAAGAUCAGAGAACUCCUUAAGAAGCUGGACAAAGACAACGACAGUCGCAUCAGCAUGGAAGAGUUCACGGCUAUUUACAGGGAACUGAAGGAUGACAAGGUAGCCGAGGGUUUCAAAAAAGCUCUCAACAAGAAAGAAGGCAUCGUCAACAUCGGGGGCACCAGCGAGAUCUCAAGUGCAGGAACUCAGCAUUCAAUCUCUGAGCAGGAGCGCUUUGCCUUUGCCAACUACAUCAACUCGUCUUUGGAGAAGGAUCCAGACUGUGAACACGUCCUGCCCAUCAACCCUGAAACAGAGGCUCUGUUUAAAGCAGUGGCAGACGGCAUCAUACUUUGUAAACUCAUCAACCUCUCUGUUCCCGACACCAUUGAUGAAAGAACCAUAAACAAAAAGAAACUCACACCUUUCACCACACAGGAGAAUCUGAACUUGGCUCUGAACUCAGCCUCGGCCAUCGGCUGCCAAGUUGUCAACAUCGGAGCUCAAGAUCUGAAGGAGGGAAAACCUCACCUGGUGCUUGGACUCCUCUGGCAGAUUAUCAAGAUAGGACUGUUCGCUGAUAUAGAGCUGAGCCGCAAUGAAGCUAUAGCAGCAUUGCUGGAGGAAGGGGAGAGUCUGGAGGAGCUGAUGAAGCUCAGUCCGGAGGAGCUGCUGCUGCGCUGGGCCAAUUUCCAUUUAAAGAAAGCUGGCAUGUCCAUAUCAAACUUUUCUGGAGAUAUCAAGGACUCCAAGGCGUACUUCCACCUGCUUGAGCAGAUUGCUCCAGAUGGCAGCAAAGAGGACGUUCCACGGAUUGAGAUCGACAUGACUGGUCUUUAUGAGAAGGAUCUUACAAAGAGAGCAGAGCUUGUGCUCAAACAGGCCGACCGCCUCGGAUGCCGACAGUUUGUAACUGCCACUGAUAUCGUCUCUGGAAAUUCAAAGCUCAACAUGGCCUUCGUAGCCACGCUCUUCAACAAAUACCCGGCUCUCACCAAACCAGAGGACCAAGACUGGAAUCUGAUCAGUGAGACCAGAGAGGAGAGAACUUUCAGGAACUGGAUGAACUCUCUCGGAGUCAGUCCACAUGUUCACCAUAUCUACGGUGACCUGCAGGAUGCCAUGGUGAUUCUCCAGCUUUACGAAAAGAUUAAGGUGCCAGUGGACUGGGAGUGCAAAGUCAACCGCCCUCCAUUCAAGGGAGGAGCAGGGCUUUUAAAAAAGAUGGAAAAUUGCAAUUAUGCUGUUAAACUGGGUAAGGACAAAGCUGGUUUCUCCCUGGUGGGGAUUGGCGGACAGGACCUCUACGAUGGAAAUUCGACUCUAACUCUGGCAUUGGUUUGGCAGCUGAUGAGAAGGUACACGUUAAAUAUUCUUGAAAACCUUGGAGAUGGAGAAGUUGCAGGAGAUGAUUUGAUAAUUUCAUGGGUCAACAAGACUUUGGCUGACGCUGGCAAGAGUUCCUCAAUCAAAAGCUUCAAGGACAAAACGAUCGGUACCAGUAUGCCAGUUCUGGACCUGAUUGAUGCCAUUCAGCCAGAUAGUGUGAACUUUGAGCUGGUUCAAACAGGAAGUCUGUCAGACGAAGACAAACUCAACAAUGCAAAGUACGCCAUUUCCAUGGCGAGGAAGAUCGGGGCAAAGGUCUACGCUCUGCCUGAGGACCUGGUAGAGAUCAACCCUAAAAUGGUGAUGACCAUCUUCGCCUGCCUGAUGGGGAGAGGCAUGAAAAAGGCAUAAAGGAGAUACACAAACACACGCUCUCAGACACACACUGACUGACUGUGUUCGCCUGUGUGACAGGAUCAGACAUGAAGAGAGUGCGCAUCGCUGCAUUUUCUUGAUAUUUAAAGCCAUUCUUUGUUAGCCAAAAUAGAAGUGUCACUUUAUGAAUCUUUUUUGCAUUUGGGGUGGGUAUUGUUGAAAAAAUGACAACACCAGUACCAAUACCAGUACCCUUAAAGAGAUACCAAUACCAUUAGAAUACUUUGAUACCUGUUUUUGUUUACAUGAAAUACAUUUUGAAAGUGUAUUAAGGUCAUUUUUCUGAUUGUUUCAGUGACAUCUCCGCAUGCUGAACUGCCGCUCCGUCCAAAUAAACACUUGACUACACCACACAACACUGUUUCGGUUGUAGCUGCUGUGGGAGUCGGCCAAUCACAUGUUGCAUUAAAUUGCAACACUUGUAGUGAUUUGCUGCAAGCAAAACAAUUUGUUUCUUGAUCUGGGUACAAAAAUAAACAAAUGCAGGUAUUGUCUGACUACUUGGUACUGAGUUAUUUUUGUUGAUACCUUAAUGGUAUUGAGUAGUGAUUGAUCUGAAAAGGAUAUUAAGUGUGUAUUGACAAAAACAACAGUCAUCCACGUAGGGCUAAAAAGGAAGUUCAGAGUAAAGUGAGACUUCUAUUACAGCUACAUGGUAAAUAUUUGUUUUUUUUCUGGAUCUCAGUUUUCCUUUGGGACAUAUGGUGGUUGAGUGAUUAGCAGAAGUGUCACUUUAAAAAACACUCAGCUUCCAAUAUUGCCUGUAGAUAUGAAUAUAAGUGUGAAUGUGUCUAGACUGGCGACCAGUCCAGAGUGUGCCCAGAGCAUGCUGGGAUAGACUCCUGCCUGCCUGUGACCCUGAUGUGGUGUAAGCCUGUUGAGAAAACAAAUGAAUAUUUGUGGCUGUGAGACAUGGGAAACAUUUUAAGAUAAUGACAGCUUAACAUUUCUCAGUGUGAUUUUUCUAAUUUCUCCUCAGCAUUUGACUUUAUUUGUCUCCAGUGAGACUGCAGUGUUACCUGCAUUCUUGCCCCCCCCCCAGCCUCAUUGCGGUAGAGUUUCCCAUGUGUCACCGCCUAUGCCAACUAAGUUCUGCUGUAUCUUCCGAUGUGCCAGACAACGCAAAGAACAAGCAUUUAUUGUACUUAAGCCAUAAUACGACAUUCUUUACCAAAUACCUUUUGGCCUUUUUUUAUAUAUAUGACUAAAGCUGUGUUAGAGAAAAGGCAGUUUAUGUUGCUAGAAACUGUACAACCUUUGAAGUUCAUGAGCUUACCCAUUAAUACUUACGUAAUUAAAGUAUUUUUACUGGGAUUUUAAGGGAACGGUUAUCAGAUUUAAAUGGAUUGAUGGACAUCAUUUUGCUUUACCAUAAGACCUUAUGUCUUUUAUUAGGCACACAUUUAUGUAUUUUUAAUGGAUUAACAUAAAUGCCAAUCCUUAAUUUGAACCUUAACAGGGGACUUUUUUUCUUUUUUUCCAGUUCCAGUGAAAAUUGAAUGCUAUUCAGAAAACGUUAAAGAUGUUAAAUCAUUUUUAAAUACUUAAAACUUGCAGGUAAUCAAUUAAAAUUCAUUAACAUAUCAGUACAAUCAAUUACUUAAACUGAAAUUAAUUUAUAUUAAAAAAAACAUUCAAAAUCCUUUAAUAUGUCACAAUCCAUUGAUGUGUCCAUCACGAAACUGCAAAUCUGGAAUUAAAUAGCUGAAUACUGCAUCUCUUAAAAUGCCAUUUAUUGUAUCUCGAAGAUAUAUUCAACCCAAAUGUAGAUCAAAAGUUACCUUAUAAACACCUUAUAGAAAUAAUAAGCCACAGCUUCCAUUUAAGAUUAAAUAGAAACAGUUUAUUUUGUUGGUCGAUGCAGCAGUUUCUUUUCUACGGAUGAAUUUUAACAUGUUAAAGCUGCUACUGCUUUUGUAUAAACUCAGUAAAACAGAAGACAAUAAGCACCUACAUUGUCUCAAACUGUUUGUCAGUGCACUGACUUCCUCUCUAUGAUUAAAAUGCUGUCUAGAGACGAUUUCCCAGACUGUAACAAAUGCUGAGAAAAAUUAGUUCAAAACUGUUUUGUUACUGACUGAGCAGCUAUGAUUGAAAUAUGACUUAAGUUAUAAAAAAAAAGUCACCCUGAGACAGAUUGCUGUGUAAGUCUAAAUAAUAGUUAAUACUUUUGUCUUAAUGCUGCAGUUGGAUGUGCUUAAUAGUUAUCCAGACGUGUUGCUGCUGAUAUUAACAUUCCACCAUUGUUCUGUUAUUAUUUUAUUUUAUCCCAAAUGUUUCUCAAAUAUUGUUUUACAUACCAGCAAUACUUCCAAAUCUCAGUGUGUAAAAUCAGAUAAAUAAUGUUUAAUAAAAGCAUUUUUCCAUAUAU